ACUAUCAUAUUUUGUUUCAUAUUUAAACAUACUGAGUGAGAAGUGUUUGAAUUAUUACAAUCUUAGUGCAAAAUACUUUAAAGUCAGUGUAACACAUCUCCGAGAGGUCUAUAAAUAUUAAGGGCUUCGCCAUAUUGAUUCUCGUAUGUAGGAGUGUUUAUUAAAGAAAGAAACUUUCAGUAAUUGCUCGGAGCCCAUCAGAAGUAACCAUGGCUGCCGGACCAUACAACUACUCGUAUAUUUUCAAGUAUAUAAUAAUUGGUGAUAUGGGCGUUGGCAAGUCAUGUCUAUUGCAUCAGUUUACGGAGAAGAAAUUUAUGGCCGACUGUCCACACACGAUAGGAGUCGAGUUUGGCACGCGGAUAAUUGAAGUGUCGGGACAGAAAAUAAAAUUGCAGAUAUGGGACACAGCCGGGCAGGAGCGAUUUCGCGCUGUCACGCGAAGUUACUACCGCGGUGCAGCCGGAGCUCUGAUGGUAUACGACAUUACCAGACGAAGUACCUACAACCACCUGUCCAGUUGGCUAACUGACGCUAGAAAUCUAACAAACCCCAACACGGUGAUAUUCCUAAUCGGCAACAAGUCGGACCUGGAUGCACAGCGAGAUGUUACUUACGAAGAAGCCAAACAGUUUGCUGAUGAAAAUGGUUUGUUGUUUAUCGAAGCUAGCGCAAAGACAGGAGAAAACGUGGAAGAGGCCUUUUUGGAAACUGCGAGGAAAAUAUACCAGAACAUUCAAGAUGGCAGUUUGGAUCUGAAUGCUGCAGAGUCGGGGGUACAACAUAAGCCAUCCACAGCAAGGGGCAAUGCCUUGAACAGCGACCAGGCACCAAGUAAAGAAGGUUGCUCAUGCUAGCCGCUGCUAAAACCAAGCGGACCUAUCGUCUUCAGCCGAUCGAAAAACUGGAAGAUCUCUCCAUUCUGUGAGCUUUAUUCCAAUAACGCCCAGUGCAAAAUAUUGUCAUCCAUGUACUACAGGUUUGCGGUGGGAGGAAAAAUAACUCAUGGUGUCCACCUGACUUAUUUGGAAAGUCAGGAAAUAUAUCUGGAUUUAUACUCCAGAUUGCAUAGGUCUAAACAAAAAUGGUUGUAUGCGCACUGUUAUUUUGGGCGUUUGCGCCUUCAAGCAUACACAAUGGUGUAUGUCGGUCCAAGGUGUUACGUGAAUAACAGUUGACGUAGAGGUUUUGUUGUGCAGGGGUUUAAGUUUGUUAUCUUGGACAUAGUUUUAAUAUCAAAUUUGAUUAUUAUUUCAUGCUGUUCUGUUAGUUUAUGGCAAGAUGAGAAGAUGUAAAUUUCACAUAUUAGAACUACCUUGCUCAGUUGACAAUCACCCCUUAUUCCAGCACUUAAUAAAAUGGCACUCCAUAAAAUAUUAUGUGUAUAUGAAUGCAGUCGGCAACCGUAUUUGUAUCACUCUGAUUUUUUAGGUUCAGACUUUGCAUGACUAUUUCUGUUACUGGACCUAACUUUAUAGCGUUUCACGAGUUGCUGAUAAAAAAUAAUUUCCAUGGAAUUCCUAAUUAUGUGGCCUACAUGAGUAUUUAUGAAGUAAAUAUCUUUUCAUAGUUGUGGGCUUUAUCAGGUGCACAGUAGAUACGUGAGUGAAAUAAAUGCAUUCUGACACUUACAUGAUGGCAAAACAACCUUGAUUUUCUGCAGAGUGAAGAAUGCCUGGUGAUUAUUUUCAUACAAAUGCAUGUAUAAACCGAAUGUUAACUACACCAGAGUAAGAUACUAAGAGCCUGUUCUAAUAUGCAUUGAGAUUAGACCGCCUUAUGUUUUCCUCGAGCCGUAGAACAAUUGCUUCCGUUGGCAAGCGUAGGCCAGACACAGCUAUUGUGCUUACACAGCCGUGUGCGCUUCACACCCAUGGCUAGCUGCUUUCACAUGCAGAUUUUGUUGGUGAUAAAACUGGGCACAGUGUUCUAUGGAACUGCCCAUUUGUUGUACAUCAUUGUAGUUUUGUGGAGAGGGUGCAAUCGCUGGCACUUUUGGUGUCACUGUCAAGUGUAAAACGAUGCUGUUGUAGUCAGUAUAAAGAGUAAUCGCUAAGGUGUAGCCGUCGUAUUUCUACUCGAUAAUGUAUUGAUGUAUAUUUUGUUUUCAUGAAUUUAUUCGUUCAUCAGCAAACAAAUUAUUUAAUGAGAAUCGACGCUGGGUUGUAGAGCGUGUGUCACCGAGGCCUGCUGCUCGUAGGGGGAGGGGGGCACGCUGCGCAUAUGUUGUCUGUUGUUUUCGUGGUGCCUACCGUCUAUCUGCAUUCACAGCUCAGCUCAUUUUAUGCCUCUUCUACUGUUUUGGGCAGAGUUUCCACACACCUCCCAUGUGCGAGCAGCGUUUUGUUGACAUAAGCCCAUUUUGCUACCCGUCCUUCACUGUCUGUAAGUACCAUUAGGCGAGUGAUUAUUUUAUGCUAAAUGUUAUUCUAAUAAUGACGCGAAUCGUACGGGCAAUGUAGAACACCAUCCAUGUUUAUAGCAGUGGAUAACGUCGUGGGAAGAUGUCUUCCUGACAAGUGACAGUUGGCGUUUUCCUGCGCCACAGUUUUACGUGGUGAGCUCUCUGUACGUUGCAGCGUGAACGUCUGCCGAAGCUACUGCUGCGCUUUGUAAAUUUGCUGCUGUUGACUUGUGGUGGAUUGUAACGUGUAAUAAUAAUUGUAGAAGAAGCGUUUCGCAUAGCGAAAUGGGGGGACAUUCCUGUCGCAAUGUGCCGGUGGUUGGGUUUUGCCGAAGAGAGAGAGAAGUGAAGUUGGACGUAUCGUGAAGAUCGGGUGCUGUGCUGUUAAUUGUCUGUUAUCGUCGUGUAAUGGUAUUCUCAGCUAAAAUUACAACUGGUCAGUGUUUACUCAGAGGAAUCACGUGUUGAGUGACAUGAAGCUGUCAAGCCGUUCGUGGCGUGUUUAGAGGUAGCUAGCUACUAUCUUCACCACUAUUGUUCAUCUGUAAAAAUGCAGUUGUACGGACGGAGUUUGUCGCUGUGCAAGCGACACCGUUUGCAGUAGUGUCCACUGUCAGAUUGACUAAUAAUACCUAUUCAUCAUUUAUACGGGCAGAGAGGCACAAUAAGCGUAGCCGCUCCGGUGUUGACUGACAGUUCAUAAUUACUAACUACUUACCUCCCAAUGGUCCCGUGACUUGUGCUGUAAAAUGAAUUUAGUGUGAGCAUACUAAACAACAAGCACAUUCAUCCAGUAAAACUGAUUCCGUUUUUUUAUCUCAUCAAUGCGUCGAUCUGAAAUUUCGCUAAUUUUAGAUGGGAAGUGAUGUUACAUCAGAUCUAUGCUUAUUGGGAAGAUGCUUGCAUUGGUUAUUAUAUGUCCGCUGGCGACUUUGUAUCAACAGCUUCUCGAACGACCAGCCUGUUCAAACGGUGUUAUAAUAUUUAUUAUCAACAUUCGCAAAUCAGCACAUAAUUUUAUUAUGGACUUAGACAAAAUCUUUCUGUGUAGAAUUUUAAAUAUUUCACCAUGAUCUUGUAAACAUCACCCAGCAGUCUAUAUUAUGGAACUAUAAUAUAAUAUAAUAUAAUAAAUAAAUAAAUAAAAUUAAUGUGAUUUAUUUUAA